ACUUGUACAACUGCAGUCCCUGACGCCAACGGCUAUGUCCCCCCUGACGCAUGCAAUGCCAACUACGGCUUCUAUCCAAGGUGGGAAGAUAAUGCCGCCUUUGCAAUUGCGUUUGGUUUGACUACGUGUGCGCAUCUCGCGCAGGCCAUUGUUCUGAAAAAGCCAUUCUGCUGGGUUAUCAUCAUGGGAGCGCUCUGGGAAUGUUUUUGUUUUAUUCUACGAACGCUAGGUGCAAAAGACCAGCAAAACUCGACAUAUGUCACAGUAUCGACGCUGUUAUUCCUCCUCGCCCCUUUUGUCUUUCCAGGGAUAAAUGCAUUUGCAUACAUGGUUGUCUCCCGUUUGAUCUAUUUCCUCCACCCGAAACAAGCCGUACUCACGAUCCCAGCGCGCUGGCUUGCAAAAGGCUUUGUGGCAGCCGACAUUAUUUCCUUCAUUGUCCAAGCUGCCGGUGGAGCACUCAUGGCAGAUCAGCAUAGCACCGAAAACGCAGACCUUGGAAGAAAGGUUUAUAUGGCCGGCGUGGGAGUGCAGCUCUUCUUUGUGGUGAUAUUUAUCGUUGUCUCCAUCUCCUUCUACCAUCAAGUGUUGUGUGAUAUCCGCACCGGCACAUUGAAGAAUCGGAAUAGGUGGAUACGCCCUCUUGUUCUCGUCAUAUUCCUUGUUCUCAUUCUCAUUGUUGUACGUAUAUUCUUGCCGUGUGCACCACAUGAACGGAUUAUAUUUCGAUUUGUCGAGUUUAGUGGCGGCGUGUCCUCGUCGAAUAAGAUACUGCGUCACGAAGGCUACCAGCUGUAUCUUGAUGCACUGCCCAUGCUUCUUGCUCUAGCAUCUCUGAACCUAAUUCACCCUGGCCUAGUUCUAAAGGGGCCAGGUUGCAGUUUUCCUUCUUCCAAGAUUCGG